CUUCCGUGUAGCCUAGCUAGCUUUCCAGUCAAUCCUGCUAACGUUAACUUCUGACAAUGACAGCGCUAGCAUAGCUGAACGAGCUGCCCGAAGAUGAGGAGCUUAUUUUUGAUAGUUUUUCUGGCUCCUUGUUGGGUCGACGGUGCUGUCAAGUCAAGGGCUACCUCGGAGAAUACUCAAGAAGAAAACCCAGAGUUUGAUACACUGAACUCCAUCCUGACGGAUUUUGAGGUGCUGUCAGUAUCAAGCCUCCAGCAGCACUCUGUGAGGAAGAGAGAUGUCCACACCCAGUCCCACCUGGAGCGCCUUGUGAGCUUCAGAGCCCUGCACAGAGAUUUCAAGCUUUACCUGACCACCAACACAGGUCUUUUCACAGACAACUUCAAAGCUGUCUUUAUUGAUAAAAAUGGGAGGGAGGAGAACUAUGAUGUCCAUCUUCAGAGCUACUUCACUGGACAUGUCGUUGGAGAGGAGAAUUCACGUGUGCAGGCACACAUUGAUGGUGAUGAGAUUUCUGCUCACAUUCUUACAGAUGAAGCAGAGUACAACAUAGAGCCCCUAUGGAGAUUCACAGAAUCCCCAACUGAUGGCAGACUGCUGGUGUACCGCUCUGAAGACAUCAGGAAUCUGAGCCGGAUUGCCUCUCCAAAAGUGUGUGGCUAUGUCCACGCAGAAGCAGAGGACCUGCUGCCUGAGACCGCCAGAAGUUACUGGGAUGGGAUGGAGGAGGUGGACCAGGGAAAAGAAUACCACCAUAGAGAGAAGAGACAGACUCAUGACCCUAAAAAGAACACCUGCCCCCUGCUGCUAGUCGCGGAUUAUCGAUUCUUUAAGCACAUGGGCCGUGGACAGGAGAGCGUCACUCUCAACUACCUGAUAGAGCUGAUUGAUAGAGUGGAUGACAUCUACAGAAACACCACCUGGAAUGAAGAUUUCAAAGGCUAUGGAGUCCAGAUUCAGCAGAUCAUCAUCAAUAAGGAGCCGACAAAGCCUCCUGCAGGCCACGCUGGCAGCAGCUGGAUUCACUAUAACAUGGAGAACAGCCCUGUUCGGGAAAGGGAGGUGUGGGAUGUAAAGAGACUGCUGGAGCAAUUCAGCUCAGACAUCGCUGACAACGCAUCCACUGUGUGUCUGGCCCACCUGUUCACCUACCAGGAUUUCGAUGAGGGCACGCUGGGACUCGCUUACGUGGCGCCCUCCAAACUUAAUGCCCUUGGUGGCCUCUGCCCAAGACCGUACUACCCAUCUCACUCCUCCAAGAAGCCCAGCUUCCUCAACACAGGCCUGACCAGCACCAAGAACUAUGGCAAAACCAUCCUGACUAAGGAGGCUGAUUUGGUGACCACUCAUGAGCUGGGCCACAACUUUGGAGCAGAACAUGAUCCUGACAACAUCCUGCACUGCGCCCCCAGUGAUGACAACGGAGGGAAGUUUGUUAUGUACCCCAUCGCUGUGAGUGGAGAUCAUGUCAACAACAAGCGUUUCUCCAAUUGCAGCAAGACUUCUGUAGGAAAGACGUUAAGGUUUAAGGCUCCCGAGUGCUUCAAGGAGAGGAACAGUAAAGUAUGUGGAAACUCCAGAGUGGAGGAGGGGGAGGAGUGUGACCCCGGGCUGCUUCACAUCAAUGACGACCCCUGCUGCUCAUCUGACUGUAAAUUUAAACGUGAUGCACAGUGCAGUGACAGAAACAGCCCCUGCUGUAGGAAUUGCAAGUUUGAGCAGGCAGGAAAAAGGUGUCAGGAGCCCAUCAGUGCUACCUGUAAAGGCAUAUCAUCCUGCACAGGCAACAGCAGCCAGUGUCCACCUCCUGAAAACGCUGCAGACAACACUGUGUGUGUGGACAACGGCCGAUGCCGAAAUGGAGAGUGUAACCCUUUCUGUGAGGCUAUGCAGAACCUUCAGUCCUGCGCAUGCAACGAGACUGAGGACUCAUGUAAAGUGUGCUGCAGGGGUGAAGAUGGCGCCUGUUCUCCCUUCAUCCAGUCCAAUGGAAAUUUCCUUUUCCUUCGUAAAGGCAAACCCUGCACCGUGGGCUUCUGUGAUGAGGGCGGAAAGUGCAUGAAGCAGGUGCAGGAUGUGAUAGAGAGGUUGUGGGAUUUCAUUGACAAGCUCGACAUCAACACAUUUGGAAAGUUCCUGGCUGAUAACAUUGUGGGAUCUGUGGUUGUGUUUUCCCUCCUCUUCUGGAUUCCUCUUAGUAUACUGGUUCACUGUGUGGACAAGCGACUUGACCAGCAGUAUGAGGAGAACACAAAGUCCUUCUACUAUCCUCCAAGUAGUCAAGAAAUUCUGAACAACCUCGAGUCAGCGUCCAUGCGCAUCGUCAAACCUCCUCAACCUCCCUCCUCCUCAGGCGGCCGGACCGCGCCCUCCUCCCACCAACCCCAGCUUCAGCAGCUCAGCCAGGCCGCCGCCUCUCCCGCAGCCAGCAGCAGCAGCAGUACCCAGGCCCCCGGUCCGAGCUACGUCCCCACCCCGGACAGCGCAGGGGGCCUUCGGAUGGCCACCAUCCAGGAGGACACCAGCAGCGACUCUCACCAGGGAGAGGAGGGCCUGUCGGACGAUUUCACAACCGCAGGAGCCUCCUCGUCGGCUAUGAAAUCCUCCUACGAGGAUCUGACAGAACAGAGCCCGUCAACAAGGGACCGACGGCGUCUCAAGAGGCAGGAGUGCAUUGACACUAAAGAGACUGAGUGCUGAGAACAAAUAUCUAGCACUUUUAAAUGUUUUAGGGAACAUGCAAAUUCUUUCUGCAUCAUAUCUUUUACUCUUUUUCUUGCAAAUUGCAGAGUGUAAAUGUUACAUGGUAAAAACAUGCAUGAAAGUAGAUCCGAUUGGUGUUUAGCAGCACUUUGGGAAACAUUAUUCAGUCUGCAUUUUGAAACCACAAAUAAGUCAUCUUACACCUGUUAUCCCAAAUAUUAGAGGAAAAAAUUAAUGUCUUUGUUAGCCCCUUGUAAAAAUAUGCAGUGCCUUUUUUAACAUAGGAUGCAGAAUGAGAGACUACAGUAGAUCUAUGGAGCAAAAUAUUCAAUGAACCAGACCCCAAAACAAACAUUGAGCUGUAAUAGCCCUUUCAAAAUGCACAUUUUAUUUUAACAUCAAAAUAGCUUGUCUGUUAAAAUAAUGAGCUAUGAUUGCAGCCCCUAAGAUAAGAGCCUCUGUCUUGCCUUUCCCUGAUAAAUGUUUUAGCACUAAAUACUGCUUUUAUAGUAUUGAACCCUCACUGGUUUGCUUCACUAACACUAUAAUGAGAACAUAUUAUUGAUGUUGUAGCUGUGAUUUAUUUUACAUGAAAGCAAACAUUUCAGUUCUGCUUAUUAAGCAGCAAACACUGACCCUAAAUGAUCUAAAACUUUGUUAUAACUGAACUUGAAGUAUUUUUCACAUCACUGGAGAGAUGAAAAAAGUUGUGUACAUGUUGUCACUAUGCUGUGUAUAAUCAGUGGCUCAUGAUAUUUCAAAGACUUUGUACUUGAGAUGUAACAUAUUAAUAGUGAGUGGGGAUUAAGUGGUAGUCUGUAUCAGUGUUACAGGAUUAUUUAUCAUUUUCUCCCUGUGUGGUUUAUGAAAUGACACGGUGCCUUUUCUUAUUUUUGUGCCUCAAUUUUAGGACUUAUUUCUGCACAAAAAGAAAAAUUCCCUGUAGACAAAUGUAGAUCUUGAAAAUCUGGAAUUUAAUUACAAAGCUCAAAUGUUAAGGUGCUGAAAUGUUUUAGCAUACUUUAUGUCUCUGUGCCAAUGCGAAUUAAGUCCCUCUGUAUCUUAUUUAACGCUGUCUCGCCACUGUUGCCUGCUGUGUCACAUGCUAGAAUUGUAAAAUAAGUAUUUAACUGAAGGUCAGAAGUAAA